GCCGCACACACCGCCAUGGCCCAUGUCUUGGUCCUCCCAUAUCCCAUGCAGAGCCACAUCAACCCCAUGCUCCAGUUUGCGAAGCGGCUGGCCGUCAAGGGCCCCCGGACCACCAUCGUCGUCACCCGCUUCAUCAUCAACACCAUCGACGUCGACGCUGGCCCGGUCUCCGUCGAGCCCAUCUCCGACGGCCAUGACGAAGGCGGCAUGCAGUCCGCCGUCAGCCUCGAAGACUACUUCCAAAAGCUCGACGAGUUCGGCUCCAAGACCCUCGAGGAGCUGAUCCUGGCCCAUGAGAAGUCUAACACUCCCUUCACCUGCAUGAUUUACGACAGCUAUGUGCCGUGGGGCCUCGCGGUGGCCAAGAAGUUCGGCCUGCCGGUGAUUGCUUUCUCGACGCAGUCAUGCGCUGUAAGUGCUAUUUACUACUAUGUCCGUGAAGGGAAGCUUGAUGUCCCCAGGGUGCAAGCUAUUGAGUCCUUCGAGGGUUUGCCGCCGAUGGAGAGAUCGGAUUUCCCUUCAUUUGCUUUCAGGGAUGGAUCAUACCCGACCCUCACCGCAUACGCUCUGAAUCAGUUCAAGACGGAGAAGGAUGACUGGGUCCUAUUCAAUUCAUUCGAUGAGUUGGAGAGCGAGGUGGUACGAUGCUUGAAGAAAUAUAUGCAUGCGAGGACCAUCGGGCCAUGCGUGCCGUUGAUGGACGUGGACAAGCACGACGGAAGCGACACCUACGGCAUGAGCACCUUUGAAGCUGAGAAGGAUAGCUGCAUGAAGUGGCUCGAUGCGAAGCCACCUGGCUCCGUGGUCUACGUCUCCUUCGGCAGCUUUGCAUCCUUAGGAGUCGAGCAGAUGGAGGAAUUGGCAUCUGGCCUCAAGGCGAGCGACGAGUACUUCCUGUGGGUGGUGAAGGGCCCUGACAGGAAGAACCUCCCUCGCGAAUUCAUUGAAGAGCCACCGGAGAAGGGACUCCUCGUGAAGUGGAGCCCGCAGCUUGCUGUCUUGGGCCAUGAGGCCGUGGGAUGCUUUGCGACGCACUGCGGCUGGAACUCGACGCUGGAAACGCUGAGCUUCGGGGUGCCGGUGGUUGCGAUGCCGCUUUGGACCGACCAGCCGACGAAUGCCAAGUACGUGGAGGAUAUGUGGAGGGUUGGCAGGAGGGUGAGAGCAGGGGAGAAGAGGAUCUUUCUUAGGGAUGAGGUCGAGAGGUGCAUAAGGGAGGUGAUGCAUGGGGAAAAGAGUGAGGAGAUUAGAAGGAAUUCGAGGAGAUUGAGGGAUUUGGCCAAGAAGGCAUUGCGUGAGGGUGGGAGUUCUGAUCAGAGCCUAAAUGAGCUUGUGGGGUAUCUGAAUGCAAAGGCCAAGGAUCGUAGUGCCUCGCAGUUUUGACUGGGGGGAGGAGAAGAGUCUAAAUUGGAGUUAGAACUAAACCACCUUGGAGUAUGCGCCUAAUUAAUUGUUUCUCUAGUUUGGUCUCGUUGGUGGAAGAACAAUGUUAUCGAAUGAUUAGUUGCAAUUAAUUAAGAACAGUUUAUCAGGAGCUGUUAUCAAAUUAAACCAGUGUCAUUGAAUAUGUCAGACAAUGCUUUAAAAGCCGAUGAUGGAUCAAAUGCAACGCAUACUCUUGCAAAUUGUUUUUUGUUUUUUGGGUGAAAAAGGAGGCAAAGCAGCCCUUUAUUUUAUUUAGAGGGAUGAGCUCUUGCCGUUAGACUUUGGAACUUAAUUUGCUGCAUUUCUCACUCUCAUGAAGAUUCAUAUGAACUGAAAACCUGAAUUUAUCAGCAUAAUUUAUUUACAUAUCAUCAUGUAAGCCCCAAGCAUGAAGGUAUGUCUCCCCAUCAAUGUUUUGAUGAAACUUGGCAGCAGGUAUUGCAGUCCAACAUGAUACUCGCUUGAGCUGCUCUAAUUAAUUUUCUAUGUUUUCUGCAUGGUAGGGCGUGGUUACAAUUUGAUAUCUGCAAGUGAUUCCUCCAGGACCAAAAGCUUCAUAGGUGUCAUAUUUUGAGUUGAAACAAGUGUUUUAAAGCAUGCAUAUGAGAAGUAAAAGAUGUGAAGUCUUCAUAGAGACGUGCCGCAAUUGGUAGAUUUUCUAAAUUACCUUUCCUGCAGUAAUUUACAUUUUCCCAAUGAUUGUUAAUAUUCUCUAAGAUAUACUGAAAUUUUUGCUUCAAUCUAGAAUAACUUUUUAGCUCUUCAAAAUGAUAA